AGCCAAACCUUUGUGAGAAAAAAACGCUCCUUUCCCUUUACCUCAGGCCCCUCGCUUUUAAGCAUCACUCAUGGAAACUCGGGCAUCUUGAGGCAACCACAGCCACCCGUCUCGAGCAUCUUGAUUCUUGACGGGCUUCUAACGGUCUUCAGGGUUCGCCAUAAGACCUCUUCCCAGGCAAGUGACCUGGUCAUCGCCACAUUGAAGAUACUUAUAUCUUACUCGGCGUCGAUUCAUCCAACAUGGCUCGUGGCAAACCUUCCAAGAGAGAAGGCCCUUCCGGACCGGGCUCCAAUAGGCAGGGCGUCCUCAGCGGUCGGGUGACCAAGUCCACCAACAACGGGAACAAGAACAAGGCGUACCCCAAGCUCUCCGCCGCCGCUGGCUCUCGCGCCUCGCCGGGUUCCCGCCGCGCGGCUUCCCAUUCGCCUGCCACCACCAGCCCCGGCGUCAAGCUCAUGAAGUACGGACCGUGCCCCAAGUGUCCCGGCCGGCGCAUCCGCAGCCGCUUCAACCCGCACGGCAACUCGCCGCACAAGGGCAAGUUUCGCUUCGUGUGUAGCAACCGCUACAAUAACGUCCGGGACUGCGACUACCAGGAGGUGCUGGAGAGCGACCCGCUGAAUGAUCCCGAAUUCCACCAGGCCCAGGCCGAGGCUCGAGUCCGCGCGCAGUCUUCUUCGCCCCGUGGAGGUGGUGGCGGGGAGCUUUUCCGCACCGGCACCGGCAUCGCCAACCCCUUCCCAGCCGCGGCGCCGAACAUGUACGAGAAUACCAACACGGCCAUGACCAUGACCAUGACCCCCACGCCGGCUGGUGGUGCUGGAGACAACCCCACGCCUCGCUACGGCUGCCCAGAGUGUUUGAGGGGCAGGCUGGUCCAGAAGGUCCGGGAGACGGCCCAGUGGCGGGAGCGCGUGCUGGUGUGUGAGAAGGUCUGGAACGCGAAGGAGGGCGAGAUGGUCGGUGGAUGCGGCUAUAAGCUGGAGCUUGAGAACGGACCGGCCUACGAUGCCGACGAGGAGGAGGAGGAGCAGCAGCAGCAGCAGCAGGAGGACGGGGAGGACAAGCAGCAUGGCUAUGGCUAUGGCGCCGGCGUCGGUGGCGCCCUGAUGGCCAGGAGUGGCAAGAAAAAGAUGCAGGAGAAGAAGAAGGAGAAGGACGAGGCCGAGAAGAGGCGCGAGGUGGAGGAGUGGGAGCGCGAGGCGAGGGAGUGGCAGCUGAAGAACCCGUUCACCGCGGCUAUCUUGCCCGGUCCCGCGGACGACAAGGACAAGAUCGUGGUCGACCUGACCUCGGACGACGAGCUGCUGCCCCAGCAUUCUUCCUCGGCAAGACUGCCCGCGUCGUCCAUGAUCGUAGGCGAGGUCGGAGGGUCGGCUCCCAUCUACAUCUCGGACGACGACGAGCCCGAGGACGGGGGCAUGGCCGUAAGCGUGAGCGCCACUGCCACGGUGGACACUGUGGAGGUGAGCGCCGGUACGGCCACGGCCGAGUUCGACGACCUGGGCUCUGACGAGGAAAUGGAGCUGGUCAAGAUGGCCGACCAGGUUGAUCAGGCCAUUAACGACGACCUCGGAGAGGAAGAGGAACUCGAGCUUCUGGAGCUUGCCGAUCAGGUCUCGUCCUCUAUGACUUCACAGUGA